CGGGGCCGAGAUCCUCACUCCCGCUUCCCGCCGCCGCUCCCUCAGCGCCUGCCGCUGCCAUGGCGACCGCGCUCUGCCCGCUCCGCACCCUGGGCCGCGCCGCGCUGCGGCCCCGCGAUCGCCGCCUCCACCUCAGCGCGCCCAGAAAUGAUGCUGUUGUGAUUUCUGGAAGGAAGCUGGCCCGGCAGAUCAGGCAGGAAGCCCGUCACGAGGUUGAGCAGUGGGUAGCAGCUGGAAACAAGAGACCUCACCUCAGCGUUGUUCUCGUCGGUGAAGAUCCAGCGAGUCACUCCUAUGUACUGAACAAAACCAAAGCGGCUGCUGAUGUUGGAAUCAGCAGUGAAACCAUCCUCAGGCCGGCUUCUAUUACUGAAGAGGAGCUGCUGGAUUUGAUCAGCAAACUCAAUAAUGAUGCCAAUGUGGAUGGCCUUUUAGUACAGCUUCCUUUACCUGAACAUAUUGAUGAGCGCAAGAUUUGCAACGCUGUGACUCCAGACAAAGACGUUGAUGGCUUUCAUGUGAUAAAUGUGGGUCGCAUGUGCCUUGACCAGUACUCCAUGCUGCCGGCUACCCCGUGGGGGGUGUGGGAGAUCAUUAAGAGAACUGGCAUCCCAACGCUGGGGAAAAAUGUGGUGGUGGCCGGCAGGUCAAAGAAUGUGGGCAUGCCCAUCGCCAUGUUGCUGCAUACGGAUGGGAGGCACGAGCGCCCAGGAGGUGAUGCCACAGUCACAAUAUCCCACCGUUACACUCCCAAGGAGCAGCUGAAGCAACACACUAUCCGUGCUGAUAUUGUGGUAGCGGCAGCAGGCAUACCCAACCUGAUCACAGCUGAUAUGAUCAAAGAAGGAGCUGCAGUUAUUGAUGUGGGGAUAACGAGAGUGCAGGAUCCUGUCACUGCCAAGUCGAGGCUGGUUGGCGAUGUGGAUUUUGAAGGGGUGAAGAAGAAAGCCAGCUACAUCACUCCGGUCCCUGGGGGAGUUGGGCCCAUGACGGUUGCCAUGCUGAUGAAGAACACCAUCAUUGCUGCCAAGAAGCUGUUGAAACCCAAAGAGCUGAAAGCAUUAACUGCUUAAUGUGGUAUUCUCUUUAGCACUGAAAACAACAUUCCAAACUGACUCCCAAACAGGCCGAUAGAAAAUGCAAUAUUUUUAUUUAUUGUAUUGGAAGUGGAAUUUCCUAUUCUGAGGUCAUAGAUAUUUACUGGAAGCUGAAGCAUAUGCACAUUAGUCGUACUAAGGUGUAAGCAUCUACGCUUCUGGCCUACUCAUGCUAGCAAAGCUGCUUUAUGUUUAAGCUAGCUCUUCUAGGAAGCCUGCCCUGCUCUUGCAGGGACUAGGUGACAGUCGGGAUCCUCGGCGUGCAGCUCCCCCGGGAGCUCGGUGUGGCGUUAGCAAUCCCGUGGGAGGUAGAGCACUGCUCCACAGUGCAAAAGCAAUGAUCUUCAUGGUUCUGUUCUCACAAAUGCUCAGUCUGCCCAGACUGCUCACGUUUGACUUAUGCUGAAGUCUUUAUUCAACGCUGGAUGUUUAGUUAGAGUUACGCUCUUCUGUAGAAGAAGUUACUUGAAAAGAAAAAGAAAAAGCCAUAUGUCUGUUCGCAGCCUGUGCGGGGCCCUGGGCAGUGGCAGAUUUGUUGUAACAUGUUCUUCUAGGGUGCAGCUAAACUGGUUUUUUUGCUAUUUGGAUGGUAACUUUUUUAAAAGCCUUUUUUUCUAACCAAAGAACAAUGGGGUGGGGACUGUUGGUGCCUACAUUGGGCACACAGGAGGUUUCCUGGACUGUAUUGUAAAACGUGCAAGUACUUAGUGAAUAAUGCAGGCUAACUCUAAAUAAAGUAUGAGAA